CGGGCGCGCGGCGCUGCGCGGGCGCGCGCGGCGGCGGCGACUGUUGGGGGGCGGGGAACUUUGGCUGAGGCGGUGGUGGCGGCUUGGACACAGGCUGCUCGGCGGCGACGGCGGCUCUUGGUGCAGCUCGGCGCGCGGCCAGCUCUCUGGUUCAGAACGGGACAUUCGGCUUAGCGGGCUCCUACAGGGAAAGUUUGCGGCGGACCCGGGACCUUCUUGCCGGCGCGGCCCGGCAUGAAGCGGCGCUAAGGAGCAGCCGCCACCGCCGCCGCCGCCGCCGCCUGAGGUAGGAGUCGCAGCACCCUGGGCCACGCCGAUGACUACUGCAAACUGUGGCUCCAACGACGAGCUCGACUUCAAACUCGUCUUUGGCGAGGACGGGGCGCCGGCGCCGCCGCCCCCGGGCUCGCGGCCUGCAGAUCUUGAGCCAGAUGAUUGUGCAUCCAUUUACAUCUUCAAUGUAGAUCCACCUCCAUCUACUUUAAAUUCACCACUUUGCUUACCACAUCAUGGAUUACCGUCUCACUCUUCUGUUUUGUCAUCAUCGUUUCAGCUCCAAAGUCACAAAAACUAUGAGGAAACUUGUAAUAUUUCUGAAUCUAAAUAUAGCCCAUUAGGUGGUCCCAAGCCUUUCGAGUGCCCAAGUAUUCAAAUUACAUCUAUUUCCCCUAACUGUCAUCAAGAAACAAAUCCACAUGAAGAUGACUUACAUAUAAAUGACCCCGAAAGGGAAUAUUUGGAAAGGCCUUCUAGAGAUCAUCUCUAUCUUCCUCUUGAGCCAUCCUACCGAGAAUCUUCCCUUAGUCCUAGUCCUGCCAGCAGUAUCUCUUCUAGGAGCUGGUUCUCAGAUGCAUCCUCUUGUGAAUCUCUUUCACACAUUUAUGAUGACGUGGACUCAGAGUUGAAUGAAGCUGCUGCCCGAUUUACUCUUGGAUCCCCUUUGACUUCUCCAGGAGCCUGCCCUGGAGAAGAGUCCUGGAAUCAACAGUAUGGACUCGGAAACUCCUUGUCACCCAGGCAGUCUCCUUGCCACUCUCCUAGAUCCAGUGUCACUGAUGAGAAUUGGCUGAGCCCCAGGCCAGCCUCAGGACCCUCCUCCAGACCCACUUCCCCCUGUGGGAAGCGGAGGCACUCCAGUGCUGAAGUUUGUUAUGCUGGUUCCCUUUCACCUCAGCACUCACCUGUUCCUUCUCCUGGCCACUCCCCCAGGGGAAGUGUAACAGAAGACACCUGGCUUAAUGUACACAGUGGAUCAGGCCUUGGUGCAGCACUUUUUCCAUUUCAGUACUAUGUAGAGACUGAUAUCCCUCUGAAAACAAGGAAAACUUCGGAAGAUCAAGCUGCUGUACUCCCAGGAACAUUAGAGCUCUGUGCAGACGAUCAGGGGAAUUCAUCACCAUCACGGGAGACCACCCUAGAGGAUGGCCUUGGAUCUCAGUAUCAUUUAAAGAAAGAUUCAUCUGGUGACCAAUUUCUUUCAGUUCCCUCACACUUUACUUGGAGCAAACCAAAGCCUGGCCAUACCCCUAUAUUUCGCACAUCCUCAUUACCUCCACUAGACUGGCCUUUACCAACUCAUUUUGGACAAUGUGAGCUGAAAAUAGAAGUGCAACCCAAAACCCAUCAUCGAGCCCAUUAUGAAACGGAAGGUAGUCGAGGGGCAGUAAAAGCAUCUACUGGGGGACAUCCUGUUGUAAAGCUCCUGGGCUACAAUGAAAAACCAGUAAAUCUACAGAUGUUUAUUGGAACAGCAGAUGAUCGGUAUUUACGGCCUCAUGCAUUUUACCAGGUGCAUCGGAUCACUGGGAAAACAGUUGCUACUGCGAGCCAAGAGAUAAUUAUUGCCAGCACAAAAGUUCUGGAAAUUCCACUUCUUCCUGAAAACAAUAUGUCAGCCAGUAUUGACUGUGCAGGUAUUUUGAAACUCCGCAAUUCAGAUAUAGAACUUCGAAAAGGAGAAACUGAUAUUGGCAGAAAAAAUACUAGAGUACGACUUGUGUUUCGUGUACACAUCCCACAGCCAAAUGGAAAAGUCCUUUCUCUGCAGAUAGCUUCAAUACCUGUGGAAUGCUCCCAGCGGUCUGCUCAAGAACUUCCUCAUAUUGAGAAGUACAGUAUUAACAGUUGUUCUGUGAAUGGAGGCCAUGAAAUGAUUGUGACUGGAUCUAAUUUUCUCCCAGAAUCCAAAAUCAUUUUUCUUGAAAAAGGACAAGAUGGACGACCUCAAUGGGAGGUAGAAGGGAAAAUAAUCAGGGAAAAAUGUCAAGGGGCUCACAUUGUCCUUGAAGUUCCUCCAUAUCAUAACCCAGCAGUUACAGCUGCAGUGCAGGUGCACUUUUAUCUUUGCAAUGGCAAGAGGAAAAAAAGCCAGUCUCAACGUUUUACAUAUACACCAGUUUUCAUGAAGCAAGAACACAGAGAAGAGAUUGAUUUAUCUUCAGUUCCACCUUUGCCUAUACCACAUUCUGCCCAGACCCAGAGGCCUUCAGCAGAUCCAGGGCACCCACAUGACAGUGUAUUGUCAGCACAGAGGAACUUGGUUUGUCCAAUCCAACAGGCAUAUGCAUCCAUGGUAACCUCAUCCCAUCUACCACCGUUGCAAUGUAGGGAUGAGAAUUCAGGAAAAGAACAGCAGGUGGUAUCUUCUUCAGUUGUACACCAGCCUUUUCAAGUCACACCAACACCUCCUGUGGGGUCUUCCUAUCAGCCUAUGCAAACUAAUGUAUACAACGGACCAACUUGUCUUCCUGUUAAUGCUGCCUCUAGUCAAGAAUUUGACCCAGUUUUGUUUCAACAGGAUACAACUCUUCCUAGUUUAGUAAAUCUUGGCUGUCAACCAUUAUCAUCCGUACCAUUUCAUUCUUCAAAUUCUGGUUCAACAGGACAUCUCUUAGCACACACACCUCAUUCUGUGCAGACCUCGCCUCAUCUGCAGUCGAUGGGAUACCAUUGUUCAAAUACAGCACAAAGAUCUCUUUCUUCUCCAGGGACUGACCAGGUCACAGGUCAGUCUUCCCCUCAGUUGCAGGCCAUUACGUAUAGUCCUUCACAUUCUGGGUCUGCUACAACAGCUUCCCCAGCAGCUUCUUGUCCCUUGGCCAGCUCACCAAUUUCUGGUCCAUCGUCUCCUCAGCUGCAGCCUAUGCCUUACCAAUCUCCUAGCUCAGGAACUGCCUCACUACCGUCUCCAGCCACCAGAAUGCAUUCUGGAAAGCACUCAAGUCAAGCACAAAGUACAGGCCAGAGAGAUCUUUCUGUACCUUCAUCCUUAAUGUGUCACAAUUUAUGUGAUCCAGCCUCAUUUCCAUCUGAUGGGGCAACUGUGAACGUGAAACAUGAACCUGAAGAUCGGGAACCUAACUUUACAACCAUUGGUCUACAGGACAUCACUUUAGAUGAUGACCAGUUUAUGUCUGACUUGGAACACCAGCCAUCAGGUUCAGCAGAGAAAUGGCCUACCCUCAGUGAGCUCUCAUGUGCUGCUCCAUUCUGGAGACCAUAGAGGUGAAUGAGAUAAUUGGGAGAGAUAUGUCCCAGAUUUCUGUCUCCCAAGGACCAGGGGUGAGCCAGGAGGCUCCCCUUCCAGGUCCCAAGUCCCUGGAUUUGGGAAGAUCCGACGGGCUGUAGCAGUACCGCUAUAGCCUUUUGUCGACGGCAACGUCUCAGCGUGCUUCUCUUCGUUGGAUCUUCAGUUUCCAGCUCUGCAGCCAUCAGGACCAGUGCCCGGAGUUGGACUCAGCAUUUUUGGGGAAAGCCUCAUUCCUCCACCUCAGGCCUUGGGUAGAUUUUGUAAAAGAACAGGAGCUACAUAGACUGUUUGUGUUUUGGGAAAAUGAGCUUUGCUUUUUGAUAUUUAAAUAGGAUACUUUUAUAUGAUGGGUGCUCUGAGUGUGAAUGCAGCAAGCUCCAUUUCAGAGAUGCUGCUUUUGCGGGUAACCUGGUUGCUCAUCUGGGGUUGAUGAUUUAUACUGCUUUCUGGUCAUUUGAAGGGCCCUUUAGUUUUGAUGAUAUUUUUAAAAUAAGAACUUUUGAUAAAACCUUGCAGAGGCAAA